CACAAUCUACAGUCUUAUGGAAUCUAUUCCUUCACUCACUGAUGCACGUUCAAACACGCAGCAACCCUAAUUUCUUCUAAACAUAUAAUUCUCCUGUUUUAAUAUAGUAUAUUUUCCCUCGGAUUCAUCAAAAUAUCCACCAGCGAUCCUCAUUCUUGUUCAUUUGUUUUGUAAUUAACGUGUCUGAUCAUAUCUCAAUUGCAAUCACUGUUUCGUGAGGUGGGUUCUCGUCAUUUCUGAUAAUGACGACUGCUUCUGCACAUUGUUCUUUGGGCGUCAAUGCUCAAUUUCAUGAAAAUUCAAGAAAUUUUCCUUCUAAAUCGGAGUCUUCAAGUGUUAAUUUUCAUUCUAAUGGGGAAUUCUUCAAAAUCAGCUUGAAACCUAGCUUGGGUUCGUCAAUUUGCUCCAAGGGAUGUGUAGGUCGUGUAUGUUCUCUACCCGAAAUAGGCGAUUUGUUUCCGGAAAAGCCCCCAACACCUAUACUUGAUACAGUUGAAAGCCCCAUGCACUUAAAGAACCUAUCUCACAAGGAAAUGAAACAAUUGGCUGAUGAUAUUCGCUCAGAGUUGUUGUUUAUAAUGAAUAAAACUCAAAAAUCCGUGAAGGGUAGCAUGUCAGUAGUGGAGUUGACUAUUGCUAUACAUCGUGUCUUUUCUGCUCCCAUGGACAAGAUAUUGUGGGAUGUUGGAGAGCAAUUUAAAGUGAUGUUGCAAUUUGCCCUUUAA